ACCAGUAUAUAAGUGUAUAAUCUAUGGAAUAGUCAGUUUCAGUCAGUUUAAUUUUUUGCGCGUUGAUAGCUGGUUCACGUCGAAUCAUAAUAAUAUCGUGAUCUUUAACAAACUUUAAAUUUAUUCAACAAUAUGUGCGCCUUAAACAUUCAGUGAAAAAAAUAUUUUGUGUGAUCAUAAACAAAUUAUUCAGUGUCAGUUUUAAUUAAAAAAUAAAAAAAUAAAAAUGAGGUUGGCGGGUGCAAUUUUCAGCAAUGUUACAAAAAUGUUAGACUUUUAUUCACAGUUCAAUCCAUCUCCACUAUCAAUAAAACAGUUUAUUGAUUUCGGGUUGAACGCGUGCGAGAGGAAAUCCUACCUGUUCCUGAGGAAGGAGCUACCUGUUCGGUUAGCAAACAUAAUGAAGGAGAUAGCCUUACUACCGGAGAAUCUCCUCCGCAUGCCAUCGGUUGGCCUCGUGAACCAGUGGUACGAGCGUUCCUUCGAGGAGAUCAUCGAGUUUGAAAAGAAGGAACCCGACCCCCCCACAUUGACACAGUUUUGCGAGCGUCUAGUCCACAUCCGCAACCGGCACGCGGACGUGGUUCAAACCAUGGCCCAGGGGGUGUUGGAGCUGAAGGAGUAUCACGAGGUGGAGCCGGGCAUCGAGAACUCGAUACAGUACUUCCUCGACCGGUUCUACAUGAGCCGGAUAUCGAUCCGGAUGUUGAUUAAUCAGCACACGUUACUAUUCGGCGAGCAGCUUGGAGGUAGGCAGGCCUCUGUUAAUGGCAUGGGAAAUGGAGGGAGACACAUCGGUUCCAUAGACCCCGCUUGUGAUGUGGUCGCAGUUGUGAAAGACGCGUACGAGAACGCGAGGUUCCUCUGCGAUAGAUAUUAUCUGGCGUCUCCGGAACUUGAAAUGCUUCAGAACGGAUGUGAGUUGAUUUUCGACCGGCCGAUGCCGAUAGUGUACGUCCCAUCACAUCUCUAUCAUAUGCUGUUCGAACUAUUCAAGAACGCGAUGCGUGCUGUUAUGGAAAGCCACGAGAACUCGCCUCCCCCCAUACAGGUCAACCUGGUGAGUGGGAGGGAGGAUGUUUCGGUCAAGAUGUCAGACAAAGGCGGUGGUAUACCGAGGAGUGUCUCCGACCUUCUGUUCAAGUACAUGUACAGUACAGCGCCACAACCUUCAAAGUCUGAUUCGCACACUGUUCCAUUAGCUGGCUACGGCUACGGUCUACCCAUAUCUAGACUGUACGCCAGGUACUUCCACGGCGAUCUAGUGCUCGUGUCGUGCGAGGGGUUCGGUACAGACGCCGUGAUAUACUUGAAGGCGCUCUCGAACGAGGCGAACGAGCUGCUGCCCAUCUUCAACCGCACGUCGUCCUCGUUCUACCGAACGAGCAGCGGGCCCGGCGACUGGUCGGCGCCGCUGCCGCAGCCCUGCCGCCGCGACCGCCCGCCCCACGCCGUCUAGGCCUGUCUGGACUGGGCCUGUCUGGACUGGGCCUGGACUCCUGGCCAUCGCCCUCGGUCCUCUCCUAGUGAAAUGUGUGCUAAAGUGAUACGAGCUGUCCCAAAACGGUCCUCUCCUAGUGAAAUGUGUGCUAAAGUGAUGUGAGCUGACUCAAAACUGUGCUACAGUGGCAACUCGUGCUUUCUACGUCUCGCAAGUAACUUCUGUGCGUGUGGGAGGGACCGGCCUGUCUCCUCCCCGCAGGCGACUGGACUACUGGCCAUCUCUCUCGGUCCUCUCCUAGUGAAAUGUGUGUUGAAAUGAUAUGAGCUGUCCCAAAACUGCCUGCUACAGUGGCGAAUCGUUCUUUCUACUUCUCGCAAGUAACUUCUGUGCGUGUGGGAGGGACCGGCCUGUCUCCCCGCAGGCGACUGGACUACUGGCCAUCUCUCUCGGUCCUCUCCUAGUGAAAUGUGUGCUAAAGUGAUGUGAGCUGACUCAAAACAGCCUGCUACAGUGGCGACUCGAGCUUACUCCUUCUCGCAAGUAACUUCUGUGCGUAUGGGAGGGACCGGCCUGUCUCCUUCCCGCAGGCGAUUGGACUACUCGACAUCUCUCGGUCGUGGCCUAGUGAAAUGUGUGUUGAAGUGAUGUGAGCUGUCUCAAAACUGCCUGCUACAGUGCCGACUCCUGCUUUCUACUUCUCGUAAAUAACUUCUGUGCGUGUGGGAGGGAGACAACAUGACUUAGUACUGGGCAGUGCUGCGCUAGUGAUGCGUGAAGAAAUUCUGACACAUAUUAGAGAGAGAGAAUAGAUCUUAGCGCUGUGCGAUGAUGGAAUAAAAGUAUCAGACACACAAGAACUGUCUCAGAGUUGGCAAUGUAGAAGAUUUGGUCGUCUCUGUCACUAGAUAGUACAGUAGAAUGGAAUUAGAUGGAGAUACAGCCCGUGUUACAAUAGCCCGUCCCUUUCUAACGAGGUGUGGUUACGUGUGACAGACAGAGACAAAUGUAUUAGUGUUAGUUUUGUCUGGUUAAGUGAAUGUUAAGUGUAGUGACAUAUUUGUGUUGUAUCCUUUAGAGGAUGUCUAAAUGAGAAAUAACAAUUAAUUACAAUUUUUUUUGUAUAUCUUAUUGUGAAAGCAAUAACGAUAAAACAAUCAAUAUAUUAACAGAAUUAUAUAUUUUGUAUAAUCUAUGUGAAAUGUAACUAAGGAACAAGAUUUCGUCACAAAUGAAUAUAAUUCAAAAAAAAAAAAAAAAAAAACUAGUAACUAAAACUUGAGGGUACCUAAUUAUUUCAAACAAUGAACUUAAAAUAUAGUUUGAAUGAAUAUCUCCUACAUACGAAAGUACUGUAUAGUUAUGUAUCAAGUAUGUAUGGCUGUAUUUUAACAGAAUUUCUACAAAAACAUACACAAGAAUUCUCAGC